UACCCCUUCGCUUUCUCGCAGUCUUCACAGGCGAUAAAAAGCUGAAGCUUGCUCGUUCUGGACAGUGAUAGCAAGAGCGUCGCUCCGUCGUCAGUAGACAUGGCGUCGGCGGCAGCAUCGCCUGCUGGAGGGAAGCCAGGUGUUGCUCCUGCCGCUGCUAGUCCUCUCCCUCCCCUCAUUCCCAUCUCCCUCAUCGAUGCCCCCGCCCAGCGACUCUGGGCAGUCAGUGCGGCUGGCGCUGUUCAGGCAUACAAAUUCUUCAUCCUCUUUGCUUCAGAUGACUCGUCAGCAUCGCUGUCUUUCGCUCUGCUCAUCGACCUGGCUCUUCUCCUAGCCUUGUCAAGGCUGAGGAUACCGCGUCUAGCCUUUUCAGAUGGGAAGUGGGUUGCCAUCGGAGCUCUGGCGGCCCUAUUGGACUGGCUGCUGAUGGGAGGCUGGCGGACAAUGCUGAGUCUACUGGGCAUGGGAUCGAUCAGCAGUUGGCUCGCCACUCUCUUUGGCGAUACAUUCUCAAGCUCCAUCUCCUUGUCCGAGGGUAGAGUCCGGAUAAGUGACUUGGUCAAGCCGGGCAGCCAUAUACUGGGACAGCAUACCAUUCAUGUGCUGCCCUACAGUACUGCUGCCUUCUCUCCCUCGCUCUCUUCCUGUCACUGCAUCGGUCCUGGAAGGCCCGAUGUCAAGAUCCCCGUCCUCUUCAACAACACAGAGCCACACUGGCUCCAGUACAGUGUCACCCCAUUUGAUGAUCCUGGCAACCCAGCUCUAUUCAACGUCACCAUUCACAAGGGCGGAUUGACCACAAUAGCUACAGAGCACCGCGACGAGCUUGCUGAGCAUGCGGACUGGGACGAAGUCGAAGCAGAGCUGGUCGGUUCGGAUGCGCUUGCACGCAGGGAAGGUUCCGCGAACGGCCCGUCUCCUCGGUCUGCCAAGACCAAACAGGGCAGGAAACUAGCAGCGAAGAUGUUGGCAUCGGAAAAUCAGCAAAGAAUGUAUCAGCUACCAGUCAAGCAUAUUGGGAGGCUCAGGCUGGAAAGAGUGCUGGAUCGUAGUAGAAUGGACGCCAGGAUUUCACAAGGCGAGAUCAUGGUUGUUGGCUGCCCUACGACAUCCUUCGUGCAGUCAGACUCACUGUCCGAUCCUCAACACAAGUGUCCGGGUGACAAAGCGCAGCUUAGCGUAGCCGUACGAGGACUGGCCCCUCUCGAGCUAUCGUAUACAAGAGAGUGGACCGCUUCCCACUCUGGAGCCAAGCCGGAGACCCAGUCUCUCAGUAUCAGUCACAUCUCGAACACUAACAUCGCAAGUCCCCUUGUCGGCGGUGAAGGAUCGUCGACAGAAGGCGCCCUGUCCGUCGCCCUGGGGCGGCGACGUGGCUCUGAUUUGCAACAGCGACGAGACCCAGACUUUGGCUGGGCCGUAUCGCAAGAGGAGGUAGUUCCCAUCUCGCUCGACAUAGCGCAACCAGGUAGCUAUUCGUAUGAGCUGCGUACCGUCAAGGAUGCGUGUGGCAACAUUGUAGACGUGCCCUCCUUGUCCAAGCACGAAGCCCACAAAUCGUCAUCGGCACUCAAAGCAUUGGCUGCGGGCGAUAGCGAACUGCCACCCGUCUACCGCCGACAAAUUGAAGUUCACAGCAGGGCUCAUGCCAGCAUCAUUGGCUGCUCCACAGAGAAGCCUUUACAGCUGUUGAGAGGAGGGCCGCCCAAGGAGCUGAUGCUCAAGGCGACUCGAGUGGAAGCUGAUGUGGAGUGGACUGCCUCGGUGCGCUUCCAGCCAGAGGAAGGAUCUCCUGCUGCAGGAUGGAGGAAGAAUAUGACGUUUGGCAAAGACGGUACGGCGCGUAUGGCGGCAGCUCUGCCCGGUCUCUAUCUUCUUGAAGGAAUGGAGGGAACAUUCUGCACCGGCGAGAUUGGUUCGCCUUGGUCAUGUCCGGUGGUGGAGGUCCCUCCUCCGACAGCGGAUAUCUCUUUCUCUGCCAUCGAAGACAUGUGCGCCGGGUCGGUAGGAGUCAACGCCAUGGCCAUCCUCACUGGGCAGCCUCCAUUCCGGCUUUCAUACGAAAUGAAGAGAAGCGGACAGCCUGCCCGUAAGCAAGAGCGCAUCAUCGAGAGAACUCGAGAAGAGUUCGAAUUCAGGCCUUCGACAAAAGGAGCUGUGGAGUACCGCUUCACUGGUCUUGCCGAUGCCAACUAUCGAGACAUUCGAUUGGAUGGGCCUGUCUUUGAACAGAUCGUCCAUCCGCUUGCUAGCGCGCGGUUCACUCACAGUGGUGGCUCGCCACCACAGCACGGGCGGCGCACAUCGUCGCCCUCCAGGGACGAAAAGAUCAUUAUGAGGAGCUGCGAAGGCAACCGAGCUCGAGCCGAUAUCGUCCUUGAGGGGACGGGACCCUUUGAUGUCACAUACGUAGUACGUAGUGGCUCUGGCAAAGCGGAUGCCGAGCAGAGGACAGUCAAAGGUAUCAAGGGGCCCAAUCAUACCCUCGAUAUCGACCUACCGCCGCACAUCAACACACAUGGAGGCACCCUCACCGUGAGCUUGGUCAGCAUCAAGGACGGUAAGAGCUGCGAGCGUCCCUUGACAACAGCAGACGUCGUCGUCGAAAUUCGGAGAGGACGACCCACAGCAGCAUUUGCGAUUCCUGGGGCUUCGCGAGGAGAGACACGGACAGGACAGACCCAGAUCCUGGAGGGCCGCGAAGCCCGACUGCCAAUCCGACUGGAGGGAGAAGCGCCUUGGAAGGUUGAAUACCUCCGAGACGGGGAUGCGAUGCCUGUCACCACCACAAUCAGGCAAUCGGAAUCCGAGCUUAUCGUCGAUCGACCUGGCCUCUACAGCCUUGUUGCUGUCCACGAUGCAUUCUGCGAUGGCACUGUCCCAAGCGAGUCUGCUCAAUGGCAGGUAGCUGUGGCCAAGAGACCAUCGGUGCACUUCAAGGAAGACUCGGGUGUCAAGAGCAGCAAGAAUGGAUCUCUGAUUCGCCGUUCAAUUUGUCAAGGCACUCCCGACAGUGUUUUCCUCGACCUCAGCGGCCAAUCGCCGAUGGAAGUCACUUACGAACAUCGGUCGCCUUCCUGGUCGGUGCCAACGGAUCAGGAGAGGGAGCGGUUCCUUAGCAGCGAUGGCGCUUCUCGUCAGAACGGGGGAAGGGAGCGCGACACAUUCACAACGGCUCAAAAUGUGACAGCUUUCCAGCUCUCGACAAGUCGUCCUGGCUGGCACACGUAUGAGCUGCUGGAGGUUGGAGACACCGUCUAUCCUCUCACGGCUUUGAAGGCUUCCAAGUCACAGCGGCUAGAGCAGAUGGUCCAUUCUCCUCCCUCCGCCGCCUUUGCACCGCAGGAGAGCAGCAGCCGCAAGAGCAAGAAGACCUUCUGUGUGGGCGAUUCGUUGAAUUCACAGCGCGAUGUUGCCCCAACAGUACAAUUGAGCGGCCAGCCACCCUUCACUCUCGAAUUUGAGCUACAGAGUACCUCCUUCCGUCGACAGGGUGGGUCGAGACGCUUCUUGCGUCGCAACAUUCGUUCGCACACGUACACCCUGGGUCUAGAGGUAGACGAGGCGGAAGAGUUCAAGUUCGACACGACGGGCAACUGGGGCUUCCGAAUCCUCAGUCUCGAAGAUGGCAAUGGCUGUCUCACCACGGACACUUCGGGCGUCGGGCACGCUGCUCUUGGUGGAAUGGCGAAGAGUGCAGCUGCCCAUAUCGAGGUGGCUGAUACCGCUAGUAUUGCUGCAGUAGGGACUCGCGAGGACUACUGUGUCGGCGAGACUGUAGACUAUAUCCUUCAAGGAACCGCACCCUGGACCGUCACCUACGCCUUCAAUGGCAAGACUUCCACCGCCAACGUCAACACUCGUCACUUCUCCCGCGUGGCCGAAAAAGCCGGUACGCUCGAAGUACGCAGCGUAGCUCACCAGCACAACAGCUGCAAGCGCGACCUCUCCCCACGCGACGAGGGCAUGCGCAAAGUCAUCCAUCCUCUCCCCUCUGUAAAAGUCAGAGAUGGCGCUAAUUUCAUCGAGGAUCUCCGUGAGGGAACACAAGCCGAAAUCGUCUUCUCCCUCAGAGGCACACCGCCUUUCUCCCUCACCUACCAGCGACUAGAAGCGGCGGACUUUUAUGCUUACCCGAGGGUACUGGAGGAGCAUACCAUUUCGGGGAUUUUGGAGGAUGAAGUGAGAUUCUAUGCUUCGGAGGAGGGAACUUGGAAGGUGACUUGGUUGCAAGAUCGGUACUGUAGCGUUUCGAUUGAUGGAAAGGGACAGAAGACGGGUCAGGGGAGAGCGAAGUUGGCGAUUAUGGAUGGUUGAAAUUUGCUGGGGCGCUGCCAAUACAACGAUUCUUGCCUUUCAAUUAUUGAGUGUCCAUGUGUGUGGCCGUCAUCUCAUCCUGCACCAGCCCAUUCCACAUCACCACCUCACCUCUCUCCCUUCCUCCUCUCAUCAUCCCACAACCCUCCUUUCCUCCAAAUGCUCCCCUCGGUGAAGAUGGCUCCUUUAUCCCCAUUGGGUCCAAAGCUCGACUUGGGUCCCCCAGGAGUGCUCACUGCGUCGAUUCCUCCAGGGGCAAAGGCGGCGCGUAGGUGCUUGACAAAGAGCUCGGGCCGCUCGGCGGCUGCCAUGUGUCCGCCGGUCGGAGCUUUUGCAUACCAGCGCAAAUCGCUCACGUUUCCG